AUGUUUGCCGUUUGGGACGACCUUGUGGCGGAGUUGACGACCGAGGCGUUCGCCGCGCCUGCUCUGGAUGUCGACUGCGUCGCACCGGUAAACAGGGUGGACCUCUUCAUUACCGGAGACCAAGGUCGGGAUGCCCCCGAGGUCACCUAUGACAAUGCGGAUGACACGAUGGGCUUGGAGACGGCGAGUUUAUCGGUUCACUACGGGGAAAAAGCGGCCCGCAGCAGCGCCAUCACGGAGGCGGCCCACGUCCUUCGACUGGGCGGAGCUCUGAUCAUUCUCGACAUGGAUGAAAUUAUCACGCAAUACCAGACCGUCUUGGAAUCCUUUGGUUAG